AUGCAGGCUGAUAAGUCUACAAUAGUUUAUGAAGCAGUGAAUCACAUCCUAAAACUGCAAAAUACUUUCAAGAAACUUGAAAGUCAAAAGCUAAAAAGGCUAGAAGAAUAUAGCAUAAGGUUGAUGAGUUCACAUAAAAUUGGUAAUAGGGAGAAAUAUCUAGGUGAUCCAGGAUCAACCAGUAAUUCAACAACCAUUACACCAACAACUCAUGGUGCUAGUCCCCUUAUUCCAACAUCUUUUAUGACAUGGAGUUCACUAAAUGUGAUACUAAAUGUUUGUGGUGAGGAUGCGCAUAUUAGUGUGUGUUGUCCUAAGAAGCCAGGGUUAUUUACCAUUAUUUGUUAUGUUUUGGAGAAACAUAAGAUUGACAUUGUGUCUGCUCAAAUUUCAUCUGAUCAAUUCAGAAGCAUGUUCAUGAUCCAAGCUCAUGCUAAAGGUGGAAGAGAGUUAGCUCAAUUCUCCGGAGCAUUCACUGUGGAAGACAUGUACAAGCGAGCUGCAAAUGAGAUAAUGUUAUUGACAACCUCCAAAUGA